CAAUCUCAAACGACAACAACUGGUUAUAUUUGCUUAUAACUGGGACUUGUUUGUAUUGCUAGAUAAAACUCCCCAAACCCCGAAAGCUGAAUCGUUUUCUGACAGUCGUUCUGAUCAAAAAAGGAAAAAAAUUACAAAAGAGCUUACUCUUUCAAAUUUUUUUUUUCUAGUUUCCAAAACUAUCUGUCACUAAAAGGGUCCCUCCAUAUUUUAGUGAGACCAACCCGUUUUUUCAGUUGGACGAAACCUUAACCAAAUCAAUCUUUCCCUGUGAAGAGUUCGAGCUUUUGACUAAGUUGUCGUCUCUCUAUCCUCAGUGGAAAUCUUUUUAUUUGGUCCAUACAUUUUGUUAAUUCCCGUCGUCUCGGUUAUCUCCGUCAUGUAUCUGUACCAUCAACAUCAACCAUCUUUGGUUCAGACUGCUCCUCAGUCUGGAUAUUAUCAUCAAAACUUGGGCACUGCAGGCCAUAGAGCCUCUUCCUCCCUUAGUUAUAUUCCAAGUUAUUCGUAUGCUUAUCCUCAACAAUAUCAACAAUAUCCUCCAAUUCAGGAUAAUGUGAAUGUGAGUGCCACUGCUGCUAACACCGCAGCAGCUACCGCAGCAGCAGCAGCAGCAGCCAACCCUGCGGAAUCUAACGGAGGAAUCUCCCCAGUUCUUGAAUAUAAUAUCGAUAACAUGGCAACCUUUCUUUCAUGGUGUACCUUUGGAAUGCUCAAACAAAACAGAAACCCUACCAAGGAGUUUGACAACUUGGUGGUCUCUGUCUUGUUUGCCACCCGCUUACCCAAAUCCACCAUCAUCAUCGCCUUGGAAUAUAUGAAUCAACGGUACCUGAGUGCCGUUUUGGGCAACUUGUCCGAAACUGAAAUCUUUACCGUUUUAAUCAUUGCCCUUAUUUUGGCCAACAAGUUUAACGAUGACAACACUUUUACCAACAGAUCUUGGUGUGGUGCUGCUGGUCUUUCCCUCGAAGUGGUUAAUGCCGAGGAGAAACUUUGGCUUGAAGAAGUUCGUUGGCAAUUAAAUGUCGUCAAUUUCGAAAGUAACAUUCGUACUUUGGAAGAAUGUUGGACCACUUGGUUGGAAAAGUAUACUGUCAAGACUACACAACCGCAGAUUGGUUCGCAAUUAGCUGCAGCCUCUCCUGCCGUUGUUUCUCCUUCUUCUCAGAACUACUACAACACUAACCAAGCCACCACCAGUAUUCCUUCAUCUCCAAUUCUCCACGACUACACAGCCCCCACCACCAACUACUACUCUCCAGUGGUGCCCAGCUCGUCUCCAAUUAAGUAUGCAGCUGACUCCAUCUGGUCCUACGUACCCCAACAACAACAGCAGCAGCAACCACUCCCUUCGACCAAUUCUGCCAACAUCUGGUCCUACACCCCACCAGCCUAUCAGUACACUGCCCCACACGUGGCCUCCCACGUCUCGGACCCGUACUCGGCCGGCUUUGUUGGUUACAGCAACCCAUACUACUAUAACAUGGCUUCCUGUUAAGCAACAAAAACACUCCAAAACUAAAAAUACAAAAAAAAAUUGUGGAGCACUGGACAGGGACUUUUCGUCUCUCUCGUCCAUUCUAUGUGUCUAAUAGAGUACCUGUUUCUUGCAAGCAGUACAACCACGCACACACUUCCACAUCUACACACGGGCUAUUGUUUGUUUGCCCCUAGGUUUAUCAAAAAUUGAAUGUUUUCUUAUCGGU